GUGGCAUCGAUUUGUAAUUUGGGACCUAGGCGAGGCCGACUGUAGGCUCAUAACUAGCAAUCAGUAGAGUUCCUCGCGCGCGUAGCCUAGGCUGGACGAUAUAGAGCAAGAAAUAAGAGAAGGGAAUAAAGAACGACGUUUCCGCUUCGUCUCGCUACCCGUUUUCCCUCGCUUCCCGCUUUCCCUUCCCUCUUCCCGCUUUUUCUCGCUUCCGCUUCCCACGCAGCACGUCCCUUUGCCUUCACUCCACCCGAAAGCCCCUCGCGCCUCUCUCAAUCAUCUCGCACCGCUCUCCACCGCCCCUCGCCAUGGCCUCUACGUCGACCGCAGAGCCCCUCUCGAGCACGGCGAAUGCAGCAGGCGGGGAGGGCGGGGGGGCGGGCGAGGAGGAGAUGACGCUGGGCGUGCGGUGGGCGGGCAAGGACCUGACGGUGCGGGCCAGCGGCGACGACACGGUGGGCGAGCUGAAGCGGCGCCUGUGCGAGGCGACGGGCGUGCUGCCCGCGCGGCAGAAGCUGCUCAACCUCAAGCUGGGCGGGCGGCCCGCGGGCGACUCCACGCUGCUGUCGCAGCUGGUCAUCAAACCCACCGUCAAAAUCAUGAUGAUGGGCACGGUGGAGUCAGAGAUCGUGUUGGACCCGCUGGAGGCGCCCGAGGUGGUGGACGACUUGGAGCUGGCGGACGAGGAGGCGGUGGAGAUCAAGGACCGCCCAGAGAACAUCGCCAAGCUCAGGCGGAGGUCCAAGCACUUCCAGCUGAAGGUGCUGAACCCCCCCCGCGCGGGCAAGCGGCUGCUGGUGCUGGACAUCGACUACACGCUGUUCGACCAUGUGUCCACCGCUGAGAACGCCAGGGAGCUCAUGCGGCCAUACCUGCACGAGUUCCUGGCUGCCAGCCACUCCGCCUACGACAUCGUCAUCUGGUCCGCCACCAGCAUGCGGUGGGUGGAGGUGAAGAUGCGCGAGCUGGGCGUGCUGGGGCACAGCGACUACAAGGUGCUGGCGCUGAUGGACCACAUGGCCAUGAUCACCGUGCAGUCGCCCACCCAUGGGGUCUUCGACUGCAAGCCCCUCGCCAUCCUCUGGGACAAGUUCCCCGAGCACUACAGCGAGGCCAACACCAUAAUGUUUGACGACCUGCGCCGCAACUUCGUCAUGAAUCCGCGCAACGGGCUCACCAUCCGCCCCUACCGCCGCGCGCAUGCCAACCGCGCCUCGGACCGCGAGCUCGCCCGGCUCACAGAGUACCUGCUGGCCAUCGCUGACCUGGACGACUGGAGCCAGCUGGACCACAACCAAUGGGAGCGCUUCAUGCGGCACCUCAAGAAGUAGGGAGGGAGGGGUGUGUGAGAAGGAAAUGUCGAGAGGGGAGAAUUGGUCGAGGAUAUCAAAGUGAGAAAGAAUCACUAGUAGAAUGAUGCAAACAUGUUGGUUUUGUCUAAGGGGUUGUUUGUACCCUCUACGAGCACGCACCUAUCUAGCCUAUAAAACAUACAAAAUAAA